AUGGCAAGUAAGAGAAGAUUUAAAAAUACACCGUUGAUUGAUAAUACUUUAGUCGGGGAAUCAUCUAACAGAUUACUUGCUAAAGAAAGAAGAAAAAUGCGCAAGCUCUAUCUUGAUAGCAAACGUUCGAAUUCAAAGAAACAAACUACUGGUCCUUUUAGUAGAGGAUGCUCAAAAGUCAAUAAUCGGUCUCAGGUCAUCGACAAAGAGAAUUAUAAUUCAAAUAUUUCUUCAUCAUCUAAUAAUUUUCACACAGUGCGGAACUUGAAAUAUGUAAACACAUCAGCAUCAUCAAGUACCAUCACGACAAGUGGUCUUCCUUUGAAUAACGAAUUUACCACUUCUACAAGUACUCGGUUUUCUAUUGUUUCAAACAUUGUUACACAAAGCAGUAACUCCAUUGGUCAAUCUUCUUCAACGUUAACAAAGCUGAAUUCCGGUAAACAAAAGCUUUUACCUAAGAAACGCCGUAUUGAUCCUAUUCCAAUGUUAGAUCUUACGUCUGAUGAUGAGAAUGUAGUCUUUGCUCCCAUCCAAGACCCUUGUAAGGGUGUAUCGACAGAUUAUUUGGAUCACGGUAAUCAAAGCCUUAAAUGUGAGAUGUGUGAUUCAUUGUUAUGGACUGACGAAGGUGGUAAAGGGAGAAUUACAUUGGGUAAGUUAACCUAUAGCUUAUGUUGUGGUUAUGGAAAAGUGGAGCUUCCGGAUUUGAAAGAGCCUUCUUCAAUAUACAAGGAUCUAUUUGCAAAUUCUAAUGAAAACAGCAAGUAUUUUCUAAAGAAUAUCCGUCGAUAUAAUUCUAUGUUCACAUUCACAUCCAUGGGUGGAAAAGUAGAUUCAAGCAUCAAUAGUGGGAGGGCACCUUAUGUAUUUCGUAUAAGUGGACAGAAUUUUCAUUCAUUAGGUGGUUUGGUACCUGCACCUGGAAAACAACCAAAGUUCUCCCAGCUUUAUAUUUAUGACACUGAGAAUGAAGUUUCAAAUCGUAACAAGUUGUUCAGUGACUCCACAAAUAAGUCCGACUUGCAUUUAAAGCAAAUAGAUCUUCAUCUCAUAAAGUUUUUAAAAGACUUCCUGGAUAAUAAUAAUCAGUUGGUUAAAAGUUACAGAAUAGCAAGAAACCACUUCAAUGAUAAUCCUAAUGAGAACUUCAAACUUCGUAUCAUUUACAAAAGAGAUCUUGAUGGUCGUACUUACAACUUGCCUUCAUCUUCUGAAGUUGCUGCAUUGAUUGCUGGUGGUAUCCAAGAAAUAGUUGACCAUCGUGAUAUUGUUGUUGAGUCUCACACGGAAGGUCUUCAACGAAUAAGUGAACUUCAUCCAUCAUAUCUUGCACUUCAGUAUCCAAUUCUUUUUCCCAAGGGUGAUGACGGAUAUAGAAUAAACAUUCCUCAUAGGGAUGGUAUAAGUACUUUAAAGAAAAUUAGUCCCAAGUGUACAAUGAGAGAAUUCUUUGCUUAUAGAAUCCAAGAUCGAUCAACUUCAUUUUCGCUAAUAUUAAAUGCCCGCAGAUUGUUCCAGCAAUUUUUGGUUGAUGCAUAUACCAUGAUCGAGAGUGAAAGACUUAAUUAUAUCCGUUUUCAACAAAAACAUCUUAGGUCUGAAUCAUACACAAAUCUUCAGAAAUUUAAGAAUGAAGGAAAACAGGAUCUAUCUAAUACUGGUGUACGGUUAGUACUACCAUCAUCUUUUACUGGUGGGUCUCGGUAUAUGCAGCAAAAUUAUCUAGAUGCUAUGGCUAUUUGCAAAUGGUUCGGGUAUCCUGAUUUUUUCAUUACGGUGACAUGUAAUCCUAAGUGGCCAGAGAUUAUCCGAUACCUUCGAAAUACUUCUAUUAAGCAAGAGGACAGACCAGAUAUUAUGUGUCGUUUGUUUAAGAUGAAACUGGAUUCAAUUAUAAAGGAUUUGAAGGACAAGAAAGUGCUUGGAGCACUAAGUGCAGCGGUUUAUACUGUUGAAUUUCAAAAACGUGGGUUGCCACAUGCUCACAUUUGUAUAUUUUUGAAACCUGAAUCCAAGCUUCUCUCCGUUGAUCACGUAGACAAAUUCAUAUCUGCUGAGAUACCAGAUAAGAUUCAAGAUCCCGCUCUUUAUGCUCUUGUAUCUGAGUUUAUGAUUCAUGGUCCAUGUGGAAAUGCAAAUCCGAAUUGUCCUUGUAUGGUUGAUAAUAGAUGUUCAAAAAAAUUUCCAAAAAAAUUCAUUAAUGAAACAAUUACCGAUGCUGAAGGUUUCCCUGUAUACAGAAGAAGAGAUAAUGGAAACACCAUUAUCAAGUCCAAAGUUCAAUUGGACAACAGAAGUGUCGUUCCAUAUAAUCCGCUUCUUUUGAAAAGAUACCAAGCUCACAUUAAUGUAGAAUGGUGCAAUCAAGCGGGUUCUAUCAAAUAUUUGUUUAAAUACAUUAAUAAAGGUCCAGACAAAGCAUCACUUGUGGUGUCAAAUGGAGACGGUACAGAUAACCAACAAACAGCAAAGGAUGAGAUCAAAGCUUAUUAUGAUUGUAGGUACGUUUCCGCUUGUGAAGCUUCUUGGAGAAUAUUUGCAAAUGAAGUUCACUAUAGGUUUCCUCCAGUUAUGAGGCUUCCUUUUCAUAUGGAAGGUCAACAAAAUGUUGUUUUUGGUGCCGAAGACGAUAUUGAAGAAGUGUUGGACAAGCCAUCAGUCUCUUCAUCAAUUUUUUUAAAGUGGAUGGAGAUGAACAUAAAUAAUGAGGAAGCACGGAAGCUUACGGAUGCAUGUUAUGCAAUGGGUUUGUUAGACGAUGACAUGGAAUACAUCGAAGCUAUUAAAGAAGCGAGUUUUACGGGAGAUGAUCUUGUAAUGUCAGAUGACAGAUUGAAGAACAAGACAUUGGUGGAGAUUGAGAAGUACCUCAUUCGAAAUGGGUCCUCUUUGACACGAUGGCCAACAAUUCCUUAUCCUGAUUACGAUUCGUUUGCUGUUGGAAACAAUCGUUUGGUUGACGAAGAACUCUCUUUUAGUGUUCCUCAGAUAAUGACAGCCGUUGAAGGCGACAAAGGAGGUGUAUUUUUUGUUUACGGAUAUGGAGGAACGGGGAAGACGUUUUUGUGGAAGACGUUAGCCUUAACCGUUAGGUCGAGAGAGCAGAUUGUUUUAAAUGUGGCUUCAAGUGGUAUUGCUUCACUUCUAAUGUCAAGAUGUAGAACGGCUCAUUCUAGAUUUCACAUCCCCAUUAAUUUAGAUGAGAGUUCUAUGUGUUACAUAAGGCCCGAUGGUGAUGUAGCUUAUCUGCUUAAACAAACUAGGUUGAUUAUAUGGGACGAAGCACCCAUGGUACAUAGACAUGCGUUUGAAGCUUUAGAUAGAACAUUAAAAGAUAUUUUUGUCGAUAAAAGCAAUUGUCAGUCUGAUGUUUUGUUUGGAGGUAAGGUUAUCGUUUUUGGUGGUGAUUUUAGACAAAUUCUUCCUGUUAUUCCAAACGGAAGUAGGCAAAAAAUUGUUAACGCUUCGUUGAGUUCAUCCUAUAUAUGGCCCCAUUGCAAGUUACUUACUUUGACCAAAAACAUGAGAUUGACUCUUGGUGUUUUACCAUCUACAGUCGAGUCGACAAAGAGAUUUGCCCAAUGGCUUCUUGAUAUUGGCGAGGGUAAAGUUGGAGGGGAUAAUGAUGGUGUAGCAACUGUAGAAAUACCAUCUGAUUUGUUAAUCACAGAUUCUUUGGAUCCCAUCGAAAGUUUAAUUCAAUUUGUAUAUCCAUCUGUUCUUGAAAGAUAUAAGGAUCGAGAUUAUUUUUCUGAAAGGGCGAUUCUGAGACCAAAAAACGAGGUGGUACAUGAAAUAAAUGAUCGACUACUAGAAUUGUUUCCUGGUGAACCAACAGAGUACCUGAGUUCUGAUAGUAUAUGUGAGACGGAGAAAGGUAUCGAUUCAUUCCAACAAGAGUUGUAUUCACCUGAUGUCCUUAAUGGUUUAAAGAUAUCUGGUUUACCUAAUCAUCGUUUGGUUUUAAAACUUGGAGUUCCAAUUAUGCUUCUUAGGAACAUUGAUCAGCAAAAUGGUUUGUGUAAUGGUACAAGGUUACAGGUUACAUUUCUUGGAAAGAGGGUUAUAGAAGCUGAAAUUAUAUCAGGUGCUAAUGUCGGAACCAGAACAUUCAUACCAAGAAUUAGUAUGAUUCCCUCCGACAAAAAAAUUCCUUUUGCUUUUCAAAGACGACAGUUUCCUGUUGCUGUGUGCUUUGCUAUGACGAUCAACAAGAGUCAAGGCCAAUCUUUAUCUAAGGUUGGAUUGUUUUUAAAAGAGCCCGUUUUUACACAUGGCCAGCUAUAUGUAGCAUUAUCAAGAGUUAAAUCAAGGGAAGGUGUGAAGAUGUUAAUUCUUGAUAAGGAUGGCAAACCUACCAACACAACAACUAAUAUGGUUUACAAAGAAGUGUUCACACACUUAUGA